AUGCUUCAAAUAUCUCGUUUGCUUUCUCGCAUCGUGACAGUGCCCAGGUCGUUGGAAUUUUCCCACCGAGGAAUAUCCUCGACCAAUUUAGCUGAUGACACAAUUUCUGAUAUCACUGCUGAUGUUGCUGAAGUGCGAUCCCCCAAAGUGCCAAAAGCACUGUCCAACCUGAAAAUCAAUGAAGGUGGAAACAUUAAUAGAGCCGAUAUUCUGGGCACUAUCACCGAACUAAAGUUAUUAGAUCGCUUAUCUCAACCCGAAAAGCAAUGGGCAACCCUCUUCGUUCGAACCCGAGUGCCAUUGCUUUCCACAUCCAUCGACAAUCAUGAACCACCAUCCAGCGAAAGCCAACAGUAUCCUGAAGCUGAAGAUCUAGGACAUGUGGGGGGUUCUAUUGGUUUUCAGAUGCGAACAUAUCACAACCGGGUUCACGUAUUCGAUCGUCGGCUUCUUCCACUUGUCAAGCGUCUGAAACCGGGAGAUCGAAUCUUUGUGACGGGGUUCUUGUCAUACUACAAACCGACUGGAACAUCUAGUUCACCAGAGGUCGCCAAAUUAAGGAAAAUCGGGGCGGUGGUCGCAGAAAGGCUUAUACUUUUGGGCUCAUCAUCGACUCAAGAAGAUUUAGAAGUUGAUGUAGACUAA